AAGAUGAAGUAUUUUUCAAAAUAUGCAGAAGUAUACAAGAGUACAAUUUGCUUUUUGUAAACCAGUUGAUUGAAGCCAAUAGUUACAAAGUUUUGUUGUGGAAAAAAUUCUAUGCAUUGAGAGCGAAAUCUUUGAAAGGCCAUAAACCCAAAUGGUUCAGAGUUAUUGAGAACUAUUUUGAAAUAAAUCAGAGUAGAAUCAUUAAAAAAAGUGAAGCUCAGAUUCAAGAACCAAACACAAUAGCAAUGAAGACUUAUGCAAAAGAAGUGUCAAUUGAUAAACAAAAGCAUGAAUGGGUUAUAGUGAACAAGAAUCAAGAAGAAGCCUUGUUGAGAGGUAGGUAUAAGAAUUGUAAAGGAAAGCAUGAAAAAAGUACGGAGUGCGAUUUUUGGGUAGAAAAAAAAAAUAUACUAGAGUCAAUUCAAACAACAAAUCAAGAGACAGGCUCUAAAAAACUAGCACUAAUCGAAGAAAUAGUCAGGUACAGAAAAGCGACAGAUAAAGUAAUAAAAGAUGAAAGAGAACAAGAGCUAGUUUUAAUAGAAAUAGAAGAAUAUACAAAGAGUUUUAUAAAAUUGCACGGUUUUGACAGAGUACUAGAAGAGAUACUAGAAGAGCAUCUUGAAACAAAUAUUA